UUAAGCUUCAGAGCUCUCCAUUUUUCGUGGUACAAAAACUCCCCUCCGCGGCCGAACUCAAAACGGAAUGGCACCGCCGCCUCGCCUCCUCCCUCUCCUCCUCGGUCGCCUCCUCGUCUCCGGCGACCUCCUCCGCAACACCGCCCACCUCCGCCGCAUCGUGCCCCUCCUCCCUUCCCACCCCCACCUCGCCGCCUCCCUCUCCAGCCUCUACUUCCCGCUCUUCCCCUCCUCAUGCAUCUUCCUCCACAACCUGCUCAUCCGAGCCUCCGCAACCUCCCCGUCUCCUCGCAUCGCCUUCGCCGCCUUCUCCUCCAUUCUCCGCUCUGGCGAUGCUCCCGACCGAUUCACCUUCCCUUCCCUCCUCAAGUCGGCGUCCAGGCUCGCCUCUUUCCCGCGCACGGGCGCGCAGGUGCACGCGCAGGCCGUCCGGCGCGGCUUCUUGAUCGACGUCUUUGUCGUCAAUGCGCUCCUCGCGAUGUACGCCGCCUUCCGGGACACGGCAUCCAUGCGGGAGGUGUUCGAUUCGUGCGCAGGGGUCACCGACGUGGUGUCUUGGAACACGGUGCUCGGUGGCUAUGUGAAGUGCGGGGACAUCAGGAACGCCCAGAUGGUGUUCGAGGAAAUGCCACAGAGGAAUGGGGUGUCCUGGAGCGCGAUGGUUGGGGCAUACGCCGGUUCUGGCGAGUUGGAUGUGGCCAGGGAAAUGUUCGAUGAGAUGCCGGCCAUUGGGAGGAACAUUGUGACAUGGAACUCGAUGAUAACAGGAUUCGCGCGGCAUGGGCUACUGCCACUGGCUAGGAAGAUGUUCGAUGAGAUGCCGGUACGGAAUCUGGUAUCGUGGAACACAAUGAUCCGGGGGUAUGCAGUGAACGGUGAGAUGGAUGGUGCACGGAAGCUGUUUGAUGUGAUGCCGGAGAAAGACGUGGUUUCCUGGACGUGCAUGAUUUCUGGGUAUGCACAGGCUGGACGCUACGCAGAAACCCUUGAGCUGUUUAGGGAAAUGCAGAGCGAGAGCAGUGCCCGUCCUAAUGAGGUGACCAUGGUGAGCGUGCUUUCAGCAUGUGCACAUUUAACAGCUCUGGAAGAAGGGAGGUGGGCUCACACUUACAUUGACAAGCACAAGAUGGUGCUCGACAAUGAGUUCAAUCUCGGUGCUGCCCUCAUUGACAUGUAUGCCAAGUGUGGGAAAACCGACAUGGCUGUCAAAAUCUUCUACUCGUUGGACCAGAAGAAUGUCUCCGCCUGGAAUGCACUCAUCACUGGGUUGGCAGUGAAUGGUGAUGUUCAGGAUUGCAUCGGUGUGUUUGAGCAGAUGAAGAGGUCAGGAGAGAAACCGAAUGACAUAACGUUCGUUGGUGUGCUGACUGCUUGUGCCCACAGCGGGCUGGUGGAUGAGGGUCGACGGUGCUUUCAGAGCAUGUCAUCUACUUGCAGAGUGCAGCCAGAGGCAAAGCAUUAUGGCUGCAUGGUUGACAUGUUAGGCCGAGCAGGGCUUCUUGAAGAGGCAGAGGAGCUGAUAAGGACCAUGUCGAUGGCCCCAGAUGUCAUGGUUUUGGGAGCACUACUAGGUGCCUGUCGAAUGCACAAGAGAUUUGAUGUGGCUGAAAGAGUCCAGAGUGAAAUUAUUGGUCUCAACACACGGCAGGCUGGCUGCCAUGUCUUGAUAUCAGACGUUUAUGCUGCUGCUGGCAAAUGGGGAGAGGCUUUAGAUGCAAGGCGUGUUCUUCAGAAGUGCACAAUCAGGAAAUUGCCAGGAUCAUCCAGCUCGAUGCGAUAGAUCUUCAGAGUCAAAGUGGAGUCUGUCAAAUAAGGGCACAUGGAGCCAGUGCUGAACACCGCCAAGAGCUAUAUCAAAAAAGGAGUCAAAGUGGAGUCCUCCCUGUCAGCAGAAACAACAACAGGAAUUGGCAUAUUCAUUCAACUUGAAAAAGAACAGCGACAGCAAGGCAAUUCAAUUAUUCAUUCAGGCUCCCCCUUCCAGGCUACCAGCCUAGGGAGUGCAUUUUUAGAAGAGCAAGUUUUCUCUUUGAUGUUCACCAAAACAUAUCAGUGACCUGGUGAACCCGCAUUUACCAGUUGCUUCCUUUGAUGUUCAGGCUCGUUUCUCAGAUUGUAACGAUGACUCAAAAGUUGGCGUGUAGCUCAAUUGAUCACUCAUGGAGCUAGGGAUUCUUAAAAUAAAGCUCAGGCGCCACCAAACAUGGCUUUAGAUGCAAGGCAUGUUCUUCAGAAGUGCGCAAUCAGGAAAUUGCCGGGGUUAUCCAGCUCGAUGUGGGUUUGAAUUUAUGGGGUUUGAAUUUAAAUGGUGUGCUUGGAUCAUUAGAAUUCAACUGCUCUGUGCUUCGUAUCUGAAUUUGACAUUUUCAGUUGAUUUUUAAUGUGAAAAUUAGAGGCUGCAA